GUGAAAUCCACGUCAUUUGUUUUCAUUUUCGAACAUUUUUUCAUAGAAAAAUUUAUCCUAAGAGAUGUUUUAUCCCAUAUAACGGAUCAAAGAUGGUUCUUAUGACUAUGAUAGCAAGAAUCUCCGAUGGAUUGCCAUUGGCCGCAUCCAUCCAGGAUGAUGAAACGAUUGGUCGCAAUAUAGUGAAUUAUCAGAAUCAGGCCAAGCAUUUAUUUCGUAAAAUGAAUGUUCAUUCCCCUGCACAAAUGUCCAUCGAAACGGACCCAUUCAUAUUUCAUAUUCUCAAUGAUCAACAAGUUUGUUAUCUAGUUUUAUGUGAAAAAUCCUUUUCCAGGCGAAUCGCAUUCUCAUAUCUCGAAGAUUUGCAACGACAAUUCCAACAGGAUUACAUGUCUCGAGUGAAUAAAGUUUCACGGCCUUAUAGUUUUAUUGAAUUUGAUAAUUACAUACAAAAAGCAAAGAAGAAUUUUACGGAUUCACGUGCACGUCGAAACCUGAAUCAGCUCAAUAGUGAAUUGCAAGAUGUACAAAAAAUUAUGGUUCAAAAUAUCGAUGAUGUUCUCCAAAGAGGUUUGGCCAUUUCAGAUCUUGACAAUAAAGCGACAAAUUUAUCAGUAUUGUCGCAAAAAUAUAAAAAAGAUGCCAGAUACCUGAAUCUUCGAGCUACCUAUGCUAAAGUUGCCGCUGGUUGUGUGGUUGUAUUUGUCAUCUUUAUUUAUUUCUGGAUUCUAUAAAAAUUUAUAAUCAUAUUUGUUGAAAAACUAAAAAAAAAAUUGUCCUACAAAUCAAAAUAAUGAUAAUAGCGUCCUUUCCAUUCACCCAUUUAAUAUUAUGACAAACAUAUAAACAUUUAUAAAUGUCAAUAAAACGGAAAGUUUUGUAUUUCCACAAAGUUGAAUGAAUAAAUUAACAAAUUCUGUUGAUCA